UUCAUCACCUGGUGCCGGCCACCCCCACGCCUCUCUCUCUCUCUUGCACACUAUAACUCUUUCAACCGGCGCUAACCUACGCACUAGGCGUACGAGUUGCCGCGAUCCUCCCCUCUGUCCCAACCUAUUCGUAUCAGAAUACACGAGAAAAGCACAAAUAAGGAAUUUCAAAAGAAAGAGAAGCUCCUUCUCUCCCUUCCGAAUUCCAGAUUGAUACAAAUUUUAGGCUAACUAAAGCAGAGUCGUAGGGUUUUGAAUUUCGGUAAUCGAAUAAGUUCACCUAUGGGUGAAAUGAAGAUGGAGGAGUUGUCUUUGCCAGCUCUUUUCGAGCAGGCUCGAAAGAUUCAUCUCGCCGCCUCCGAAUCAACGGUUGAUCAGGAGACCCUGAAAAAAGGUUGUGAAAAUUUGGCGCAGUGCGAGGAAAUGAUGAGUAAAUUAGGACUCUUCUCGACAAAUGAGACCAAGGAUGACAUUAGCACCACUAAUCUCAAGUAUCUUCUCGUGCUGUUCUAUCUUGGUGAGUUGACAGAAAAAGUUGCGCAAGAUGACAGGAUACAGGUUCUCAAGGUUUCUCAAGCUAAGCUAAAGGAAUUUAUUUCGUUCUGUGAAGCCAUGGAGCUUGUGCCUGAAGAAGAGUUACAAAUGUCCUCUUCAGGGGGUGCUAAUUCUUUUGCUGACCUUAGGGCAAAAAAGGUUGCUCGUUUUAGACGGCAGAAAGCUGCUGAGGCAAAACUGCUUGAAAUAAAGGAGCGAAAGGAAAGGCGAGGCCGGUCAACUAGAGCAGCAGCAAUAUCCACUCCUGUUGAGACAAGGGAAGAAGAUUUGCUGGAUGAUGAUGGAGAAGAGGAGAGGGAGGCUUGGCUUACUACCAUCUCAUUGGCCCUCUGCAAGGCUUUUGAUCUGCUGGAAAUGCUUAAGAAGGAGGAAGAAAUGCUAUCUGCCAUUAACGAGAAGAAGUUACAGGAAGGGGACGGGGAAGUUUCACCAGCUAUUCUUGAUGAACGCGCUAAGAAAGCUGAGGCUUGGCAUCGUGAUGCAGCUUCUCGGGCUAGAUUCACAAAACCAGCUGCCCCCAUCACAUGUGCUACUUUUGCUCAGGAUGUUAUCGAAGGAAGAAAGAGGGUUUCAGAUGCCCAUGAGCACAAACAUCAGCCAAUGAUAUUUGGACCAGCAAGUCUUGUUGCCAAAAACCCAACAAGUGAGCGGGAAAGGCUUGCUGCACAAGUUUUCCAGCCUCAUUACAGGCUGCCAACCAUGAGCAUCGAGGAAGCUGGGCUAAAGGAGAUGGAGAUCAUGAACAAAUGGCAGGAGAGAAAUGCGAAGCUUAUGGAAGAAGCCAAUUCAUCAUGGUAUAAGGACAAGUUAAGACCUGGUGAAGAUGAGGAGGAGGACGAUGAUGCAGCUCAAGAAAAGGCAAGGCAGUGGGAUGACUGGAAAGAUGAUAACCCACGUGGUGCUGGCAACAAGAAGCUAACCCCUUGCGGUUAAUAUAAGGUGGUUUUAUGGCUGUCCCUGUUUUCUUUGUUUACCAAUAAGCUACUUUUUUAGGCAAGUCUUGACACCAAUUGAACAUCUGUAAUAAUUUUGUUCAUCAAUUUGAAUUCAUUCUCUUGUAUAUAACAAUGAGAUUAUUUACAUGUUGAUGGAGAUUUUUGUAACAGUAGUGUCCUGUAUUUUAAAGAUCAAUGCAUAAGUCUCGGUUGGCUUCUCUUGA